UGUUUGCUGGCGCUGCACGCCAGCCGCGUAGUAAUGCGCUCUUGAAUGAUGCGCUUAACGACGCACUAAUCGCUGAUCGAUCCUUCUUGUGUCGCCAUGUACCUGGGGAUCAGAAAGGGGAAAUUAAAGACGGUAAGCCCCGCUCCCUCAGAUUCACUUGGAAUAUGAGAACCACCAGCUCCAUGGAGCCCUGCGACAUCAUGAGGGAGAUCCGCAAGGUGCUCGACGCCAACAACUGCGACUACGAACAGCAAGAGAGUUUCCUGCUCCUCUGCGUCCAUGGCGACGGGCGGGCCGAGAACCUGGUCCGGUGGGAGAUGGCGGUCUGCAAGCUCCCCCGUCUCUCCCUGAACGGCGUCCGCUUCAACAGGAUAUCCGGGUCGUCCAUCGCUUUCAAGAACAUUGCUUCCAAAAAAGCCAACGACUUAAAACUAUGAACAAAAGGACUUAAAA